UUCUGGGUUGGCCCAUCCAUGUCACCUGCCCUUCCCCUUCCUCCCUUUUCUUCCCUUCUUCUUCCUCUUCUUCUCCUCCUCUCCUUUCCCUUUCCUUCUUCCUUUUCUUUCUUUCUUCUCUCUACUAUCUUGUUGGAUCCUACUGACUUGAUUCUCUCCCUCCCAUUCCAUACUACUUACUGUUCACACUACUUACUGUCCAUACUAUUUCCCCCUCACUUACUGGUAAGUUCAGCCUCCUAUCUAAGAGUAGCACUAGAAUGCUCGAGUAGUUGUUCCACGUCACCACUCGGGUCCUUCCCUCCUCUGCCACUGGAGUGUCCUCAGUGGCCAAAGGAACAUUAUCCAUCCCCUUAAUAGUACACACAACUAACAAGCUAUUCUGUAUACCAGUGCUCCUACUAAGAGACUCACUGCUUCCUGUUACCAUACUCCGCAGUCAUGUCUGAACCACUCACCAAGAUUGACUCGGCCAUCGAGAUAUCGCCCAAGGAUGAGAAGGUCCACGAUAAGGAUGCCAAGAAGACUCACAGACGUACCUCUUCCCAUGCUGAGGGUGUCUACAACAUCAAGGAACUUGAGGAGAAGAAGAUCGAGAUUACCCUUCCAAUUGAAACCCAGAAGACUGGAUGGAAAUUGAACACCUCACCAUCGACCAUUGAGGACAAGGACAUCCUAAAACUUCAUCUGAUUAACCCCCCGGUCAAGAAGAUCGAUCUGCACUUCCCACUAGGGCUCGAAGUCACCGCUCGCAAUAUGAAGGGCGUCACGAUAAAGGAUGCGCUGGACGCAAUCUACAAGCAGUUCAAGAAGAAGGCCGACGAUGAGUUGGACAAGCCUUACCUCGCUGGUUUCGAGUGGGACAAGGACGAGUGCUGGACACGCCUCAUUGUUCACCAGACCAAGCAGGGCCCUCCUCAACAGCCCAGCAAGAAGUCCAAGAAGAAGAAGGCUGAAGAGGCAUAGACUGCGGUUGCUUCGGACAGGCUGUGCCCAUUUUACAAUGUCUUCUCUUUUAUCUCUCUUUCAAUGGCUACUUCCA